UAUCUGUAUCUCUGUAUCAUAUCAUAGUUCUUCUUGGUGUAACCAUUAUUAUUUCACAUUUCAAUUUCUAAAUAUUGUAAAUGAAUUAGAUUAAAGUUUGUUUAGUAAUUCGUCUUCUAUCUAAUGCAAUGUAGGUACCUGCUGUAGUAAGGCCAUCAUGCCCCGGGAUAUUUUGAGUGAUAGUUUAGCUGUCUUGAGGAUAGUUGAGCAUGAAGAUGAGGAGAACUGGCCACUUGAAAACAAACCAUCAUGUAAACAAAGUAAUAAAAAAUCAUCCAACAUUCCUAUGAACAGUCAGAAGUCUAUAACGAAAGAUGACUGCGCCUGUUAUUAUAAUUAUGGCCAUGGCGACAGCGGAAAUGGCAGGCAACAUGAUCCCGUGUACCAGUACAAAACGAGUAGUCUGCCGCCUGCUUCAUCAAUCAACCAAUCCUGGGAUGAAAUUGUCUGCUCUGCACUGCGAAUCACACCUGAAGACAUUGCUAAUCAACUCACUCUGCUUGAUUUGCCUUGUUUUAAGUCUAUCAGACCAGAAGAAUUAACUACGUGUGGAUGGAACAAAUUGAACAAGUUGACGGUUGCUCCCAAUGUGGUAGCAUUUACCAAACGAUUUAACAGGGUUAGUUUUUGGACUGUACAGGAAAUAUUGAAUGGGCAGUCGCCAAAGGCACGAGCCGAAAUAUUGGCGCACUUUAUAAAAGUAGGAAAAAAGCUUCAUGAACUGAACAAUUUGCACUCUCUAUUCGCUGUUAUCUCCGCGUUACAUAGUGCCAGUAUAUACAGGCUAUCAAAAACGUGGGCGUGUUUAUCUAAAAAGGAUAAACAACAGUUCGAUAAACUCGCGGAGCUAUUUGGUGAAAAGGACAACUGGACUGCACUGAGAGACUAUUUAAGAUGUAUUCGUUUGCCAUGUAUACCAUAUCUAGGUAUUUUCCUGACGGAUCUCGUGUAUAUUGAUAUCGCGCACCCCCCGGAUUCACCCCACCGCGUGGCUAAGAUGGCAGUCGUGUUGAAAGCGCUGGAGAAGUACCAGACUUCAGAGUAUGACAUCCUGCCUCUACCCCACGUAGCGAACUACCUGAACAGUGUCCGAUAUAUCGAAGAGUUACAGAAAUUUCUAGAAGAUGAUCAGUACAAAUUAUCGUUAAAAUUAGAGCCACCUUCGCCGGUCGGGAGCUGCGCUGGUUCCAAGGAGUCAGUCAAAGAAGUCAUCGCUUCGGGAGCUUCAAAUACCACUAACAUAUCACCUUCACACAAAGUAGGCUCCGGCUCGCUGCGUCUCCAGGGCUCUUGUCACCAGGGCAAGUUUAUCCCCACACAUCGGAAGUGCCGGUCGCUCGGUUCCAAGUUUCGUAGCGCGAGCUUGCCAAGAAAUUUUCACAAGGUCAAUUUUGGUAUUGGCAUAUUUGGAAAGAACCACACAGACGACAAGAUGGAGAACAAGACUCCUGCUGGUUCUGUGAACUUGCUCGACGACACCUUGCUGGAGUCACCCAGUUCCGUUUCAGGCGGGAAGAUGUCUCAAUCGCUGCCGCACUCUGAUAUAUCGAGGGCUGACGUCAUCCAGUGCGAUUUUCAAGGAUUCGUAAGAAGGAAGACUAUUUUGAAGGAUGGACGGAAAAUAUCGCUGUCGUCCUGGCAGCGCUACUGGCUCCAGCUCUCUGGAAAUAUCCUCGUGUUUUAUGCUUCGAAGUCCUUCAAAGGGACGAACCGCAGCGACUUCCGCGACGAGAAGUGCAAGGUGCUAUGCCUGGUGGGGUGGUUCGCCAAGAUAUCUGACAGCGACAGCGCUGACGCAUUCCAGCUGAUCAACCAUCACACCGGCACGCUCUACAAGUUCAAGGCCGCUUCGGAAUCUGCAGCGAAGAUGUGGGUUCGUGUGAUCGAAGAUGUCACUACUAAGAUUGUGAAGCCCUUGCCAGCUAAUCUCAUGUCGUUCGAAUAGAACCACUCGCAAGCUACGCGGCAAUUAUACCUCGCCGCCAUUUUUCAAUCUCAAUCCUUUACUACGUAAGUAACUAUGCCUUUUACGAACAAAUUAUAUUUUAGUUAUAAAAGCUUGUCAUUUUGUGUGCAUAAACUAAGAAGUAUAUCGAUAUUUUUCUGUAUACGUCACAAACGGUCGUCAUUUAAUGUAAAACGUUGUAUUGUUGAGUGUCAUUCAUUCUAGAGUUCCGUAGCUAGUAACGACGUGUCUAACGUGUGUCCGUCCGGUAACUGCACAUUGGUUCAGUUGGUUCGCUUUGAUCCGAAUGCGACCAACUCAAGUCCGAGCUUUAUGGAAGCCAAAAGCAAUCAAGUGAGAUUGGAAAAUAAAUAAGCAACAAUCCAUUAAUGUACAAUCUCGUUCAUCGAGAGCGGAUUACGCUUAAGUUUUUAUUUAUUCACUGAAAUCUUCGCGAUUGAAGAUUAAUAAAUAAUGAUUGCAUAUUUUAAUGUACAGAAGUUAAAAUGUAUCAGUAUAUUAUUGAAAAUAAAAAGAUGAUAGAUAUACGGAACUUUACAGUGAUGACGUAUUAAGUAUAUAGGUACACUGUACUUGGACACGCUUUCAGCGGUACAUUUGUAUCGAGUCUCUCGCAUUGUUACUCAAUACUUUACGUAAUCUAAGAUACUAUGUUUUAGUAAUCACUGGCUCGAUUUAGUGCAGUUAGUAUUUUAUAUCUUUAUCUUAAAAGUGGGCAGCCAAAUUAUAUUUCAUUUUUAACCAUUUGUUUCAAUUUUGUAAUCUCAAAACAGACUUUAUAUUUUAACAAUUACCUACAUAGGACUUUUUUACAAAGGAACAUAUCACAUAAUAUUAUGAAAUAAUAUUUUCUUAUCCGACUUAUGUAUGUUAAUUUGUGUGAAGCAUUGGUUUUAACGUUGUAUUUACAAAACAAGACGCGGUUUUAGGUAGCUAGAUAGCUUUUUCACAUGAUAAAAUUAAUUUAUCAAGACUGUCGUAUAAUACUAACAUCGUAUUUAAAUAAACUUUUACUCAACAAGAAUACUCUGCGAACCGACAAAAUAUUUUAAGGAGACCUUUUAAAUGAAACAUGAACAAACUAGUGUGAUAUUGCUUGAGGCUAUUUACUUGCCAAUUAGCUUUCCUUAUUAAAUUAUUAUUAUAGGUUUUCUUGCCAGUUAUCAGGCGCUCAAUAUUACCUUUUUUAUACUCGUGGCUUUUCGCAAGAGCUCUCACAGGAAACACAAGAACAAUAAUAUUUAUUAUAUGUAAUACAUUUUUAGCAAAUCACUUUUCGUCCGCACUUUAUACGAAUAAGUUUAUUUGAUAAAUUGUCUUUUACAAUUUAUGCUAGAAUAUCAGUCGCGAAAGCCUUUCAACAUAAGGCGAAAUAAAAUAUUGUAACGUCGCUUUACGUAAGGAUAGCGAAACAAAAUUAAUUUCUUGUGCUCACUAAUUCGUGUUGCUCAAAUGAUAUCAUCACGUUUAAGCUUUAGCGGCAUUUUAGUGUAGAUUGCACAAGCUGCUUUUGGCAUUUCGGAUUGCGAAUAAGGUUGUUUUUCGAACGCUCGAUAUUGUGCCUCAGUACGGUAUUUCAACGAGUACGUAUCGAACCUUCGGUCGAUUGCUUUUCGGCGAUAUUGGCUCAAAGAGUCUGAUGAUAUAUCCGCCAUUUGAGAUUGCAAUCGAACGCAGGUGACACCUAUACGCGAUUCGUUCGUUUUGUUAAAAGUGGCCUGUUUGCAGGGCGCGUAAGUCACAAAUAUUUAAUGAAAGCGACAACGAUUUUUAAUCUGUGAAUGAGAGUAAGAUUUAGUAUCUAAUAUCACUAAGGUUGUUAGACGAUGUAUCUUCGUAUGGUCAAACACGAGUUGUUGGUCAAUGUAAAAAAUCGUACACGUAUAUUAUUGAAAAGUGCUAACGUACAUAUUAACGCGAUCACUCGGUUAUUUUAGCUUGGUGCUAUAGCAUAGCGACUAGAUGUAACGGUAAGCGCGACUGCAGACGUUGAUCGAACAUUUAAUAUAAGUACAUCUGAACAAUUGAUAUCAGUACCAUUAAACAAAGAAAUAUUUUUAUUAUGAAAUAUGAACAAAUAAAACAGUUUAAAAUAGAGUUUAAUAUAGGUGAAUAGAUAUUGUGCCAUUUUAUCAAAACAAAGAAGUAUUUAAAAAAUUCUAACACAAAUACAUUUUAUGAUGCUUGAUACAAAACAGAUAUUAGUAAGAAAAUCUAUAACUUUUUAUGUGUCGUAAUAAAAAUAUAUAAUAUCUAAUUUAUACACAAAAUAUUGCACUUUAAUCAUUAAUCUUACGCUAUCGUAUUAUAUUUCAUUUUCGUGUAGCGUAAUGUCGACUUUAUUUCCUAAUAUGUUUUAAAGUCACAAUUUUACAAAACUCUGAUAGCGCGUUGUCCCGUACUAGAGAUUCACGAACUUGUUGUACAAAUUCGUAUAUUCUCUAACUUAAAUGAAUGUCUGCGCUUCGAUAUUGAAACCAAACUUUUCCAUACAUUCGGAAAGUUGCAUGAAUACUACCUCGUGGAGGAUUAAAAUGUUGAAUGACUUUUCCACUUGCGUUGUGUACAACUUUGUACUAUUUUCCGUGUAACAAUUUGACAUUGGUAAUAAGAUUGGAAUUUUUUAUACGAUAAAAUUCUUAUAAAUGUUCAAUUGCUACUUUUACGUAAUUACGAUGUACUGGAUAUUAAUAUCGUUCAAUCUUUGAGUCCUAGAUUUCUAGUUUUAGUUUGAGUUCCUAUAUACAACGUUUAUUAAAAAACAAUGUACGCUCCACGUUGUUCGCGGUAAACCACUGUUCACUCUUUGUUCAUAGCGUUUUAGCGGUAUCGGAGGUAUGUCCGCUCGUACGCUUUCAGGGUAGCGGUUCUGUUUGCUGCCAUAAACCGGGAUCGCGAUCCCCGCAAACAAUUAUGUUUGUACUCAGGCCUACCGAUAAUACCUAGUCAAUCAAACAAAUAACCGAAAUAUUCACUCGAAUAACUUUAGUCUAAUCAUAACACGUUUGCACUAAGUAGUUAGCAAUAUUACAUUAUACAUAUGUAAAAGAUACUGCAAAUUACUUCGUGCAAGAAAAUUCUCAAAAUGUUUUUUAAACCUCUACUCAAAGUGUAACAUAAAAUAUAUUUUAGCCACUAACUUAUUUGAGUCGUGUUUUAAUAAAUGUCAACUUUAUAAUUCUUGCGUGAAAUGUUUGAAGGUGUUAUAACACCUCCCGUUCCCUUUGCCUUUUCACAGUAGCUAUAAGCUUGUAUUCCUGGAAACACCGCUUGCUUCCACCUCGGGAAUUCAUUCCACAGUAAAUAAAGUUAAAAUUAAUUUUACUACUAUAUUCUUUAACGCUCGCCGUUUGGUUUUUGUUUCUUUUAAGCGUUGUUUGUCUGUUCACACUGUUUUUUGUAGUUAUUUUCCUUUGGUGUUAAACCUAUGAGUUUUAUUCAGAAUUUGAUAAAUAUAUUCAGUGUUUUGCGUAGAUUCAAGAAUUGCGUUGUAUAAAUUGAAGUAAUAUAAAUUGAACAUUUUAUGAUGGUUGCCAUAAUUCGUUUCGUUUCCUGAUUGCACGAUUUUAUAACGUAUACCUCUCUCAAUUUUUCUCGAACCGAAUGCAAUCUUUUAAAAGUACGUAAACAAGUUGCAGGUUAAGGAAUUUUAUCGCACCUCCUCAAAAAUACGAGUCAAAUAAGUUAGUGUUUCGGAAUCUCCUAGCGGACACUUAGUUCCUAUUUAUACUGUUAUCACAUUCAGAAGCUAGUAAACUCUGUUUAAUACUGAAGAAUUUAGUCUGUGGUGCCUAGAGUGUUGAAAUAAUAAGCAAUAUAUUCAUGUUAGCAUACUGUUGCAAUAGUAAGUUAUAACUGCAUGUUAAAGUUGUAUCCGAUCUGUCUCGAAUAAAAAGUAAUCUCUAUUUCACUAAUUUUAAAUAUUACAAUGUUUUGUCUACUUGUUGUAACUUACCAGUAGCAGUUGUUUUUUUUAAGAGCACAUGACCCAGUCUCGUGUGUGCCAUGUUCUGUGGAAAUUGUUUGCUUUCUGAGCGCCGACGUGGCUCGUACGAUAACCACGUGCAAUCUUGCUCUGUAUUGGACUGCAUUAACAACACCUUUUACGACGCGACGUCAACGUUGCGACGUUUUAGACAUGACGUACUAGUGACGUAGGCGCAUCGGAUCGAUACAAUGUGAUUCUUGUUUUUCUUAAAUCGCCUGGUUAUUAUGUAAGACAUGACAUGAGUAAUGAGUACCUUACUCUAGUUUGAACCAUGUUAAGAAUGAAAGAAAGCAUUAUGUAUAACACGCGACAUGACAAAAGUUUCAUUGAAAUUUAUUUCGUUUGUAAUCGUUAUGAAUGCAUUCACUAUGCUAAUCGAUAUUUUGUAUUAAAAUGCAAAAUGUUUUCUUUAUAUUACCAAAGCUACGUAAAUCUAUCUUUUGUAUUGUAGUUUAAGUAUAGUUAUAGGGAGGCUAUGAUAUUUGACUGAUGCUGAAAAUGUUAUACCGAUUCUAAAAGGACAGACUAACUUUGAAUUCAUAAACUAGUUGUUGAAAGUUGGUUGGUAUUUGUUUGUGAAAUUGCUACUAUACUCUGUUCAUGUUGCAUAACGUGCACCACUUUGAUAAUUGUUGUCAACUUGUCACUAUCUAUUGCAGUCUCUUAGUUAUUCCUGUCGCUAUUUUUACUUGAGGUACGAAUAUCAUUGUAAUUAAGCUUUGUACGACAUACUCCUAAGUGUAUUUAAUAGCACUUGUGUGCUCUUGUGUUCAAUAAAAUUCCUACAAAAUA